CAUAUGGUUAUCGGUGGUUCUGGCUUUUUGGGAUCUCACAUUGUGGGAAUGCUGAAGGCUCAUGGCGAUGUUACUGUUGGUGUCUUGGAUCUUGUUCAGCCUAGUGCUAGUGAAUCUGUGAAAGGAGUGGAAUACUUCAUUGGAGACAUAACUGAUGAAACGCAUUUGACUGAGGUGCUUAAGCAGGUUUGUCCAGCUGUUGUCUAUCAUACAGCUUCUCCAAUUCAUGGGCUCUCUCCUGAUGUGUACUUUCGUGUCAAUGAAGAGGGAACUCAUGUCGUUGUAUCUUCAUGUAGAGCUGCAGGGAUCAAGAGAAUCAUGUACACAUCAUCAACGGGUGUUGUAUGGAUGGGCGCUGAUUUUGCCAGGGUAAAGGAGGAUGAUGUACCUGUUCCCUCCAAAGGCUAUGACGCAUAUCAUCAUACCAAGGCAUUGGGUGAAAAAAUCAUUCUCAACAUGAAUGACAUCGAUGGAAUGAAGGUUGUUGUGCUUAGGCCAUGUGGCAUGACUGGGGAGCGAGACAAACAACUCAUGUGGCGUGUAGCAAAGCUCUACGAAGAUGGUCAGCAAAAUGUGCAAAUCGGAGACAACACCAACCUCGUAGAUUAUUUGUACACAGGAAAUGCAGUGCAAGUGCACAUUCUUGCAGCAGAUUGUCUACUUGAAAAACCCGAUACAGUUGCCGGACAAAUCUUCUUCAUCAUAAAUGGGCAGCCGAUGCCACUGUGGACUUUCAAUUGAUUGAUAUUCAGGGAGCUGGGAGACGACGGAUCGAAAAAAGUCAUUAUCAUUCCUUGAGGUCUAGCACUCUUCCUUGCAAUGAUUACCG